GAUCGCACUUUGCUCAGAGACCCAGAGACUCAGAGAAAGCAGACUUCACCACCAUGGCAAGAGUCUGGAUGACGACGUUGAUGCUUUUCAGUAGUUUACUCAUGUCUAGCCUAACUUUUGACAUCCAUUUGGUAAAAGUGAACCCUAAACAUGCCAUCUCUGGUGUAUUUCAAGCUUCCAUUGGAGAUAAAUAUGCCUUAACUGCAUCAGCAGCCAGAGAUCUUUGUGAGCAUCUAGGUUUGACUAUUGCAAGCAAAGCACAGGUAGCAGAGGCCCAGAAACACGGUCUGGAGACAUGCAGGUUCGGGUGGAUAGACGAGCAAAUAGCUGUCAUUCCCCGAGUUCAGGUCAAAUCGAACUGUGGCAAUGGCAGGACCGGGGUUGUUGUGUGGCGUGCAGAUCCCAGUAAAGAGUUUGAUGUCUUUUGCUUCAAUGUAACAGAUUUUGAGGCACAAAACCAGGCUUCCAUGGCUGCACACCAAACAACAACAACAAGAAAGCCAAUCACAACACAUUCAUCUGUUUUUCCCACUGCUCAAGCUGGAGUUCAUCUGAGGAAAAUCCCAUUUUCUAAACAACCUUCCCCAUCGUCUUCGCUCAGUUCCCUUUCUUCCUCUGUUCCUUCUUCAACCUCUCACCGUCCCUCUGUUAACGACUUGGAUGAUGAAGGAAAACAUCUGGCCAUGAGUGGAUCUUCAAUUGAAGCUGUUCCGGCUGCCUUACUGAUCACUGUCACCUUCGCAGUCAUGCUUUCUGUCUUUCUAGCUCUUUACUAUUUCAAAACGAACAGACCCUGCAGGACGCAGUGCGACAGCGAGCAGCAGAAGGAAUACAUUGAGACGGAGGUUUGGGAGCACUGUAGCAAGAAAGACCUGCAGAAACCACAGGAGGAGCAUGUGGAAGAGAAUGAGGAAGAAAACAACAACAGUUCUACAGACCAGGACUGACUUGUGUAUGAAGACAUCAUGGGAUAGCCGAGACUGAUGUGUUUGUGUGUGUCACGAUGUUGUAGUUUUGUAAUUAAGUAAAAAAUGACAUAGAUGUAUUUAUUUAUAUGUAAGCUGGCUUCUGUUUAUGCUUUUUUUGAUAACUAUUUUAUUGCAUUAAAUAUUUUCCUGAUUUUGCAAAA